AUGCCUCCUCAUGGUCGGCGACGGUUGUCAAAUCUGUCCUUUGCAUUGGGGUUGCUCUUCAUCUUCGCAUCUACAGCUUCAGCGGCGUCUUCGGCCGUCAUCGGCAUAGAUUUUGGUACUGAAUACAUAAAGGCUGCAUUGGUCAAGCCUGGUGUGCCUCUCGACAUCGUCCUUACGAAAGAUUCGAAGCGAAAAGAGACCGCGGCCGUCGCUUUCAAAGGCCCAAAGGCACAAGUUGAUACAUCGCAUGGGGAAACAUUCCCCGAAAGGAUAUAUGGUGGAGAUGCAGCAGCCCUUGCUGCAAGGUUUCCUAAGGAUGUAUAUUUCAACCUCAAGCCCUUAUUGGGCGUAUCAAAAGACUCGGAUGUUGCGGUAGAAUUCGGCGCAAGGUUUCCGGAAUUGGACAUGGUAGAAACCUCAUCAACUGGCUCUCUGGGAUUUAAAAGCAACAGUUUUGUGCCAAGUGAGGAACCUUUCGUGAUUGAAGAGCUUCUGGCUAUGGAGCUCAAAAAUAUUAAAGCAAAUGCAGAGUCCAUGGCCGGAAAGGGUUACAGCGUUGAUGAUGUAGUCAUGACCAUUCCACCAUUCUACACAGCUGUGGAGAGGAGAGCUAUCACUACCGCCGCAGAACUAGCUGGUCUGAGGGUACUGUCUUUGAUCAGCGAUGGUUUAGCUGUAGGCUUAAACUACGCUACUUCGAGAAGCUUCCCGAUUGUCAACGAGGGAGGAAAGCCUGAGACUCAUCUUGUAUACGACAUGGGCGCGGGGUCUACUACGGCGACAGUGCUCAGAUUUCAGGCACGUACAGUCAAGGACGUAGGCAGGUUCAACAAGACAGUGCAAGAAGUCCAAGUUCUAGGUACGAGUUGGGACAGGACUCUGGGUGGUGACGCCCUCAAUGGUCUGAUAUUGGAUGACAUGGUCCACAAAUUCACCGAGCAGACUGCAAUCAAGAAACUCGGCCUAGAUUCUCAGCAGAUGAAGUCUCAUGGUCGGACAAUGGCAAAGUUGAGGAAAGAGUCAGAGAGAGUACGGCAAGUUCUCAGCGCAAAUACCGAGACUUUUGCAAAUUUUGAAGGUCUUUAUUUCGACGAACAAAACUUCAAGUAUAAGCUAAGCCGUGCAAAUUUUGAGAAGAUGGCGGCUUCGUAUUUCGAUAGGGUGCGAAAACCUGUUUCUGAAGCGUUGGAAAUCGCCAAAUUGACCGUUUCGGACAUUGACUCCGUAAUUCUACACGGAGGUGCUGUCCGGACGCCCUUUGUACAGAAGCAACUUGAAAGCCUCACGAAGAGCUCAGAUAAGGUUCGGACAAACGUCAAUUCAGACGAAGCCGCAGUCUUUGGUGCAGGCUUCAAAGCUGCAACCAUCAGUCCAAGUUUUCGAGUGAAGGAAAUCCGCACGACUGAUAGUGCGAUAUACCCAAUCUUCGCAACGUGGAAACUAGAGGGAAAAGCGAGGCAGCAAAAAUUGUUCAUACCCACGUCGGCUACUGGUGUUCAGAAACAAGUUGGUAUCAGAGCAACUACAGACUUCGAGUUCGAGCUGCAACAGCAGCCUGUAUUAGCAGCAGACUUUCCUAUAUCCACUGUUAAGACGCAAAACCUUUCAGACUCGGUCAACGCGCUUACGUCGAAGGCUGGAUGCUCUACAAGUGAUAUCAGCACAACGUUUGCAAUCCGACUGAGCUCUGUCAAUGGACUGCCUGAAGUCUUGAGUGGAUCUGUUAGCUGUGAGGUGACGGAGUCAGAGAAGAAAGGAGUCGUGGACGGAAUGAAAGACUUUCUUGGAUUUGGAUCAAGAAAAGACGACCAGAAGGUCUUGGAAGAAGGAAAUGACAAUUCUGAGUCAACCUCGAGCGAUAUUUCAGCAACCAGCAUUAGUGAAAGCAAGCCUUCCGAAGAGGCCGAUUCUAGCAAACAAAAUGAGGAAAAGAUCAAGGAAACCAAGAAGAAAGUUGUGACAAUCCCGGUCGGUCUAAGCACGGUAACCUCAAGUUAUACUUCUCACGGGUCCGAUGCCUUAGCGUCUACCAACAAGCGAUUAACGGCUUUCGACGCGUCAGACCGCUCGCGCGUGCUACGGGAAGAAACCCUCAAUAUUCUUGAGGGCUACACAUACAAAGUGAGGGAUGUUGUGACUGACGAAAAGUUUCUACUUGUUUCCACCCCAUCGCAGCGCAACGAUAUUGAGCAGAAAGCCAGCGAAAUCUCGUCGUGGCUUUAUGGAGACGGCGCUGAUGCACCGCGGGAGAUAUUGAAAUCUAAAUUGGACGAAAUACGCGGUCUUGUGAAGCCAAUUCAGCGACGCAAAGAGGAGUCAGUGAAACGCCCAGCAUCAUUUCAAGCUUUGCAGCAGGCGAUAACGCAGGCGGACACUAUGAUUUCUGUAGUGAAGCAGCAACUGGAAAUUCAAUUAAGCGCCGCAUCGUCACCAUCCACAGCGACCACAAUGUCCGAGCCUAGCGCGAUCCCAACAAUUGCUAGUGACGAAUUUUCAGACUUAGAUGAUGAGUCCAGCACGUCGGCUACUCCCACAACCACGAAGUCCAUACCCGAGAUACCUGAACCGAUGUUUAGCAGGGCAGACCUUGCUCUCAUAGAAGAGAAGCGAGCAUCAAUUAUAAAAUGGCUUGAUGAGAAGAUACCUGCACAGGAAAGCUUGUCGGCCACGGAUGAUCCUCUUCUCCUUUCUUCUGACCUAGAUGAGCGUGCGAAAGAAAUAAGCGACCUAGCCACUGAUCUUCUCAUGAAACAAGUCAAAGUCCCGAAGUCAAAGAAAACAAAGACAGCGAGUAAAGCCGCCAGAAAAACAUCAUCUUCGUCAAAAGAGGAGGAUUCAAAGCCAAGCUCAUCUAUAGAAAUUAAGCCGUCCUCUUCGCAGGAAGACGAGGCUAUCCCAUCUACUUCCAUGGAAGAAAAGCCUAGCCCUGUAUCGGCCACGGAGGCUGAACCAAGCCCUGCACAAGCGGCAGAAGAAGAAACUGGCUCGAAUGUGGGGGGAUGGGCUGAAAACCCCGAGAUACCAAAAACAGAAGAAGGAAUGCCAAGUGUUCAAGAACAACUUGAAAUGCGGCGCGUUCAACAAGAGAUUGAUGAACAGUUGGCGGCAGAAAACUUGUCUAUCGUGGCGAAGGCUAAGGCGAAUGCUACGAAGAAGGACAAAAAAGCAAAAGCGACCGUCAAGCCGAAGAGCAAGAGCAAAACCAAAGGGAACGCAAAGUCAAAGGGUAAAGAGAAGGCUAAGGAGAAAGCAAAGGAGAAGAUAAGGGAGAAGUCCGAAGGACAUGGUGAGUUGUAA